AUGGCGCGCACAGCAGAAGGCGAAGCGCUGUCGGCCGCCCUUUCCAGCGUCCCAUCCACCAGUUUUAGCGUUCCCGAGAGCUCUCCCGACCUUGACACAUCGCCUUCCACCGACCACGUCGGCUAUGAAGGCAUCGAUUGGAAUCGCCUCGCGGGGUUCUCUAUACGCAAGUAUAGAAAAAGAGCGCGGACGGGCUGGGCAUGGGAGCACGGGUUCGACAUCGAGAAAAACGAUUCCGGCCAUCGAUUCUGGCUUUGCAAAGUCUGCCACGGGAAGAAGGCUACAAUUACGCACAUGUACGAUGCUGCAUCCACAAGUCAAGCGAACAAUCACAUGGAAGAAGUUCACCACAUCAGCAAAGGCGGGCCAAUGCGACAGAGGAAGAAGCAACGCACGCUUUUCGAUGUGGUUGACAUAGACACCCACCGACCAAAGGAUCAGGCUCUGAUGAAUGCCUUCAUCUCGUCCUUUGAACCGCUUCGCUUUCAACAACUCUUAAUACGCUGGGUGGCAUGCGACAACAUCCCAUUCCACAAACUGGAGAGCCCGUACUUCCGCGAUCUUAUGGCGUACGCGAAUAGCGCGAUUGCGGAUUCGGGCAGUAUUCCCACCCAUAGCACAAUACGCGACUGGAUUGUGCGCUCAUUCAAUCGUCAUAAAGGCGUUGUCACGGAAUUACUUCGUCGGCCACUCAGCCGCAUCAACGUUUCCUUUGAUGCUUGGUCCUCCCGAAAAUUCACAUCCCUACUCGGCCUUACCGUACACUUUCUUGAUGACGAAGGGAAGUUCCGUACGUUUCUCCUCGGUUUGCCACGGAUUGAAGGUCGCCACUGCGGAGAAAAUCUGGCCGACCGUGUCAGCGAGAUAAUCCACGAGUAUGGGUUCGAGGACCGCGUUGGACAUCUUGUCACAGACAAUGCGGAGAACAACGACACGUGUCUUGAAGAAUUGGGCACCGAGUUGGGGUUCAACAAGAAGCAUCGUCGGCUUCGUUGCUGCGGCCACAUCAUCAACCUUGUCGCCCGAUCCAUUCUUUUCGGCACGGACGCCGACGCGUUCGAAGAGGAUUGCCAAGCCAACAAGGAGAUACAAGAUGAGGUCAGGCUCUGGAGAUCAAGGGGGCCGAUCGGCAAGCUGCACAAUAUUGUUCACUGGGUGGAAAGGUCUGGCCAGCGCAUUGAACGGCUCCACAAGCUCCAAUGCAUUGAGAACACAGCCCUGGGCCUCGAAGACAAAACAACCUACGAUGUCGUCAUGGACAACGCUACUCGCUGGAACUCAUCCGAAGCGAUGAUGGAGCGAGGUUACAUGCUUCGCAAUGCACUCGAUUCGCUGGUCCAAGCGGAGGUGACAGAGUGGAAGCAAUACGUAGCGAGAAGGACACAGCACGGGGCAAAGCCGAUGCCGAAGAGGUGCCGCAAGAAGCCUACAAUUGUAGAUGACCAGAUGGCCACUGAGGACUGGUCCGUUAUUGCAGAAUAUUUGGCGAUCUUGAAACCAUUGAAGAUCGCGACAAAGCGCCUAGAGGGCCAGCCAAGGCAAGGCAAAUUCGGCGCGAUUCGGGAGGUUUUGCCCACAAUGGAAUGGCUUCUGAAGCACCUAGAAGAGGCAAAGCUACAGCACGAACGGGACGAGGAGCCUUACCUGCGAAUCGGCUGCAAUCUGGGCUGGAUGAAGCUCGAUCAAUACUACUGGAUCAACCGAGAAUAUUAUUCGGUCGCCCACGUCGAUUCCGGCUGUCUGUGCUAUGGUACGGUCAACGAAGCUCUAGUCCGCAAGGCGCGCCUGCCGCGUAUUCUCAUCACGCCGCGAACGCUUGACGAGGUAAGCACGUCGCUGCCUGGCGCUAUCCGGGGUGUUACGUACGCCGACAUCGACAUAGACGGGUACCGCAAGAAGCGAUUCUUCUUCUAUAUUAUUCCUGAACAAAAAGAUGAAGUCCUACUUGGACGAACCUGGAUGAACAAAGAGGAUGUUGUCCUUUACCCCUCGAAGGGCUUACUGCAUAUUGGCUCACAAGACCAUUGGGUCAAAGAGAGAGAUCCCGACCACCACGAACGGUACGAAUUAUACGGGCAGCCAGCGGCGACCUUCGCAGGGCUUGUCCGCCGAGCGAGAAGGGAGAAACAGGAUCAGCGCGGGCUACGCGUCUUCUCAGCAAGUUUGGCAGACAUUGAGAAGGCACUGGCGCCGAAGAAGAAGACGGACGCCCGAGAGAAGCUGGCGAGACACUACCAUGAGUACCUGUCGGUUUUCGACCGAGGCCAGGCCGAUCGCUUGCCACCGCACCGACCUGGCUCAGACCAUAAGAUCAUCUUGGAGAAGGACGCAAAUGGCAGGGAAAAGGAACCCCCCUGGGGACCUUUGUACGGCAUGUCACGGGAGGAGCUAAUAGUCCUACGUAGGACGCUCACCGAGCUGCUCGACAAGGGAUUCAUUCGCGCGAGUAGUUCACCCGCAUCUGCACCCGUGCUUUUCGUGCGCAAGCCGGGUGGAGGAUUGCGCUUUUGCGUGGACUACCGUGGCCUGAACGCGAUCACCAAGAAGGACCGCUAUCCACUACCGCUGAUUGAGGAGACACUGCGGUCGCUCUCGAAAGCAAGGUGGCUCACAAAACUGGACGUCAUCGCUGCGUUCCACAAAGUGCGCAUCGAAAAGGGGGACGAGUGGAAGACGGCGUUCCGCACGCGAUACGGGCUCUACGAAUGGCUGGUCACGCCAUUUGGGUUGACAGGUGCACCCGCCACUUUUCAGCGCUACAUCAAUCACACGCUACGGGAGUUCCUGGAUGAGUUUUGCUCGGCCUAUAUUGACGACAUUCUGAUUUACUCGAACGGCUCACUCGCCGACCAUCGGAAAAAGGUCAAGAAGGUCCUCGCGCGACUGCGAGACGCGGGACUGCAAAUCGACAUCGAUAAAUGCAAGUUCGAGGCGACGAGCGUCAAAUAUCUGGGUUUUAUCGUCGAAGCCGGGAAAGGUAUCCGAGUGGACCCAGAGAAGGUACAGGCCAUCCAACAAUGGCAGCCGCCACGGUCCGUGAAAGGUGUCAGAAGCUUCCUGGGGUUCGCGAACUAUUACCGCCAAUUCAUCCCCAAGUUCUCGAGCAUCGCGUCACCUCUGACGGCCCUGACAAAGAAAGAUGCCGCAUUCGUAUGGUCCAAGGACUGCCAGACAGCAUUUGAAGAGCUAAAGCUGCGCCUCAUUACCGCGCCGAUCCUUGCGCAAUGGGACCCGGACAGGGAAACAGUUGUCGAGACGGAUUCGUCAGGUUACGUCACCGGGGGCGCACUCUCGCAACGAGCAGAUGACGGCAUCAUGCGACCUGUGGCUUUCUUUUCGAAGAAGAACGCGCCGGCGGAAUGCAACUACCCGAUCCACGACAAGGAGCUGUUGGCGAUCAUUCGCUGCCUAGAGCAUUGGGACGCUGAGCUCAGGGGCGUCGCGUCCUUUACCGUCCUUACGGGCCAUCUUAACCUGCAAUACUUUACGAAGAAGCAACCUCUGAGCGAGCGGCAGGCACGGUGGGCUGAGACACUGUCGCGAUACAACUUCACGAUCAAGCACCGACCGGGCAAGGAAGCUGUGGUGCCGGACGCACUAUCGCGACGGGAACAGGACAUGCCACAGAGCGCCGAAGAUGAUCGCCUCCGACGACGGCGCGUACAAUUGCUGGAGCCAAUCAAGGGAGGUGGUCUCGUGACGAGAGUCAAGAGUGGUUAUGUCACCAAGGGAGACACCGACCAACCCGGUGACGCAACGGCGGACCAAGAUGAGUUAGUCGAGAACCCUUUUACCGACGAGGAGCUGCAGAGAUUAUGGAACGAAGGCCUAAAGCAGCACAAUCGUUAUUGGCUCAUUCGAAAGGCGGUACAGCAAGGCGAGAGGCGACUACCAUCGCAGUGGGGCCUUCCCGUCAUGCUGUCAGAGUGCUCCAUUGACGACGGGCAGCGUCUUUGUUGGCGAGAACGGAUUUGGGUGCCUAAUUAUGAGCCCUUACGCACCCGAUUGGUGCAGGAAACGCACGAUUCGGCACUCGCAGGACACCCGGGACGGGACAUGCUCAAAUCGCUACUGAGUAGGCGGUUUUACUGGCCAGGCUUAGACGCAGAUGCCCGCCGGUUUGUGAGAAACUGCGACGUAUGCGGACGAAGCAAUAUCUGGAGGGAGAAGCGGCGCGGACUCCUGAAGCCGAUGCCUAUUCCGGAGCGGAUUUGGUCGGAACUGUCAAUCGACUUCGUCACCGACCUGCCGCCGACGAAGUCGAAUGGCUCUACCAACUUGAUGGUCGUCACAGAUCGCUUGUCCAAGAGCGUCAUCUUCGAGUCGCUCAAAGAUAUCACGGCAGAGACAACAGCCAAAGCCUUGGUACGCAACGUGGUGCAGCAUCAUGGUAUCCCCAGUGCGAUCGUCACCGAUCGAGGAACGCAGUUUACCAGCAGACUGUGGAAGAGGCUAUGCGAGCUGCUACGUAUCAAACAGAGGCUUUCGACGGCUUGGCAUCCUGAGACAGAUGGCGCAACGGAGAGGGCCAAUCAAGAGGUCGAGCGGUACAUUCGUAUCUUCGCGACGUAUGCGCAGGACGACUGGGACGAGCUGUUGCCGGCGGCCGCGAUGGCCAUCAACAAUCGCAUGGCAACAUCCACGGGACAAAGCCCGUUCUUCCUCACGCAUGGCUAUCACAUCGAGCCCAUCCAAGUCAAGGAAAAGUUACGAGUGGAUGGAAAGUCGCCCGUGGCCAAAGCAGAAGGCAUUGUGCAACGGCUCCAAGAGGCAACGCAAUGGGCGCAAGCGGCCAUGGCCUCUGCACAGGAACGGCAAGAAGAGAACACCAACACCCGACGGCAACCUUCAGACCAGUUCAAGGCAGGGGACAAAGUAUGGCUUCGAUUGCGCAACAUUCGGUCCAACCGGCCAUCUAAGAAGCUGGACUGGCUUUCGGGCAAGUAUACAGUCCUGGAGACAGUUGGAUCGCACGCAUGUCGGCUCGACACGCCGCCUGGGGUCCACAAUGUUUUUCACGUGUCUCUGUUAAAAUUAGCAGCGGAUGACCCGCUUCCGUCGCAGACGUCGGACGACCAUCGACCACCGGCAAUCCUCACGGACGACGGCGAGCUGUGGGAGGUAGAGGAGAUUCGUGGCCAGAAGAAGGUGGGACGACAAUGGAAGGUGCUUGUCAAGUGGGUUGGCUAUGUAGAGCCAACGUGGGAACCGGUGAAGCAUCUCGCAGAUACGACGGCCUUGGCCCAGUACGAAGCAGUUCAUGGCAAAGUUGGAUCAAAGCAGCCCCCUCGAAACGGGAGGAGGGGGGUGUUGUAA